AUGGACAAACAGAAGCCGUCAAAGAAAAGUGCAACGAUGAGUUCGCGUAAUAAGACUCAAAAGAAAACAAAGCAAAGACCGAGCUCCUCGAAUUCUUCGAACAAUAACCCAAGCUCGAAGAAGAAGUCUUCCACCAACAAUCGGAAGAAUGCUCCGAAGAGUGCUCCACCGACCACGUGUCCGAUGUCUUCUCCGAAAGAUAAUAAUGAGAAGAAGGACCCUACUGAUAGAGAGAAGAAAAAAGAAGAGAAGAAGGAUAAGGUGACACCGGCGAAGAAGAAGCCAGAGCUCCCAGAGAAGAAGUUGGACAGAACACAAGAAGAUGAUAAUAAAGAGACGGAAAGUGGAUUGAGUUUGGUGGUUAAAGAGGGCAAUGUUCCAGUGAAAAUGGACGAUGGAUAUGAAGAUUUUGGGCCGGGUGCCAAUACUCAGUGA